GUGCCUGAGAUUAUAAGUUCUAUUCGACAAGCCGGAAAAAUUGCUCGUCAAGAAGAGUUUCAGAAUAGUCUCUCAGACGUUGAAGACCCUUUUGCCAAAAAGUUUGAGGUGCUGUUCUGUGGACGAGUGACAGUAGCACAUAAAAAUGCACCUCCAGCACUCAUAGAUGAAUGCAUUGAGAAAUUUAGUCGUGCAAGUAGUACAAAAGAGUCAGAUUGCGACUCGGCAUCCCAACAACAUGAAACUCCCCUGGUCAGUGAAGAGGAGGAGAAAAGGCCAAUGAGGAAAUCCUUUUCUCAGCCUGGGCUCCGUUCCCUUGCUUUUAAGAAGGAUUUGCAAGAGGGAAGCAAUAGGAGUAACAGUUUUGUCAGGUCUUUUGAAGAAGAUGGAGUUUCGCUGAGCCUAAGAAGCCAGCUCCUCCAUGGACACGGUGUCGUGCAGCCGACGGACAUUGCCGAAAACCGGACAAUGCUCUUCACGAUUGGCCAGUCUGAAGUUUACCUUAUCAGUCCUGAUACAAAAAAAGUUGCAAUUGAAAAAAGCUUUAAAGAAAUAUCCUUUUGUUCUCAGGGAAUUAGGCAUGUGGAUCACUUUGGGUUCAUCUGCAGAGAGUCCUCAGAAAAUGGAGGCUUCCACUUUGUUUGCUACGUGUUUCAGUGCACAGAUGAAGCACUGGUUGAUGAAAUCAUGAUGACGCUGAAACAGGCUUUCACUGUAGCUGCUGUACAACAGACUUCCAAGGCACAGCCCCAGCUCUGUGAAGGAUGUCCUAUGCAAAGCUUGCAUAAACUCUGUGAAAAGAUAGAAGGGUUACACCCUUCUAAGACUAAACUAGAACUACAAAAGCAUCUAACAACAUUAAAUAACCAGGAACAGGCCUCUGUUUUCGAAGAGGUUAAGAAAUUAAAGCCAAGAAAUGAUCAAAAAGAGAAUGAGUUGGUCAUCUCUAUUUUGAGAAACAUGUAUGAAGAAAAACAGAAGGACCACAUUCAUGUUGGAGAAGCAAAACAGGCUUCCCAGCCCGCUGCUGAGAACGCUGUCAGUGAGGUGCCCAGCAGUGCCCCGAGGUUCAGGCUGGAUAUGUUAAAGAACAAAGCAAAAAGAUCUCUGACAGAAUCGUUUGAAAGUAUUCUAUCACGUGGCAGUAAAGCCCGAGGGCCACUGGACAGUUCUGGUGCUGUGGAUUUGGACAGCUCCAUGUCCAGUACCUUGAGCAGCACAAGUAAAGAACCACCACUGUGUGAAAAGGAGAAAGACAGGGUUCCUGCACUUCCUUCAGAAGGCGCUGUGAAGACCAGUGGAUCAGUGGGUGACCUCUCCAGCGACACAGACAGCUCUCCCGUGGAGCAAUCUGUUACCUUACCUCAGCAGAGCUUUCGGAGGCGAGCAAACACACUGAGUCAUUUGCCAACAGAAAGCCAGGAGUCUCUGGUACCUGUUGAAACAUCGCCAUCAGUUCCCCAGAGGAAACUUAUGAGGUACCACUCAGUGAGCACAGAGACUCCUCACAAAAGAAAUGUGCCUGAUCCCUCUCCUCUCGACGAACCUAAAAGUUCUUCUGGCCAGCUUGCACCUUCUCCUACUCUAGCUCGUCUUAAUUCCUCGGCCUCUUCGCCCAACUUUUUUAAAUACCUAAGACAUAAUUCAAGUGGAGAACAAAGUGGGCAUUUUGCACAAAAGAGCAUCUCCUACCGCACUGCCUUAAGGAAAAAGCUUCAUUCUUCCUCUUCUGUGCCAAAUUUCUUAAAAUUUCUGGCUCCUGUAGAUGAAAAUAACACCUCUGACUUUAGGACCACAACAAGCGACUCCGAGUCCAAACACAGCCAGCAGGCCGUUGGUGCAGACAGCCCCGUGAGGACUCGACGGCAUUCGUGGAGGCAGCAGAUAUUCCUGCGAGUGGCCACCCCCCAGAAAGCCUGUGAUUCCCCCAGCCGAUACGAUGAUUAUUCCGAAUUGGGAGAACUUCCACCGAGAUCCCCGUUGGAACCAGUGUGUGAAGAUGGCCCCUUUGGGCCAGUGAAAGAAGAAAGGAGACGGACGCCCCGUGAGCUUCGUGAGCUGUGGAAGAAAGCCAUUAUCCAGCAGAUACUGCUCCUUAGAAUGGAGAGAGAAAACCAGAAGUUACAAG